UUUCCAGCCUGAAGGACUCUGGGGUUCUGUGAAUCCUUUCCAAAUCCCCACAGGACAGCAGCGAAACACUGCCUGUCCCCAGCCCCAUGUGGGGGAGCGAUGUCCACACUGGCAGCACGGCUGUGCAGGUGCCUCCUCCUCCUCCUCCUCACAGCCUCCUUCUUUCUCCUCCUGCGGCAGAAUGAAGUGCAGAACAUCAAGUUCAACAGCUCGGGGCAGUGCGAGGCGCCGCUGGUGAGGACGGACAACCCCAAGAGUUGGUACGAGGAUGUGGAAGGUUGCGGCAUCCAGUGCCAGAACCCGCUUUUCACCGAGAAGGAGCAUCGCGAGAUGCAUGUCUACAUCGCCGCCUUCAGCUCCGUCACCAUCUUCUGCACCUUCUUCACCCUGGCCACGUUCGUCGCCGACUGGAGGAACUCCAACCGUUACCCCGCCGUCAUCCUCUUCUACGUCAACGCCUGCUUCUUUGUGGGCAGCAUCGGGUGGUUGGCGCAGUUCAUGGACGGCGCCCGUGACGAGAUUGUGUGCCGGGCCGACGGCACCAUGCGGCUGGGGGAACCCACCUCCAACGAGACGCUCUCCUGUGUCAUCAUCUUCGUCAUCGUUUACUACUCGCUGAUGUCGGGUGUCAUCUGGUUCGUCAUGCUGACCUACGCCUGGCACACCUCCUUCAAGGCUCUGGGCACCACCUACCAGCCGCUGCUGGGCAAAACCUCCUACUUCCACCUCAUCACCUGGUCCAUCCCCUUCGUCCUCACCGUGGCCAUCCUGGCCGUGGCGCAGGUGGAUGGUGACUCUGUCAGUGGCAUCUGCUUCGUUGGGUACAAGAACUAUCGCUACCGUGCCGGCUUCGUCCUGGCGCCCAUCGGGCUCGUCCUCAUCGUGGGGGGCUAUUUCCUCAUCCGGGGGGUCAUGACGCUCUUCUCCAUCAAGAGCAACCACCCCGGGCUGCUGAGCGAGAAGGCAGCCAGCAAGAUCAACGAGACCAUGCUGCGGCUGGGCAUCUUCGGCUUCUUGGCCUUUGGCUUCGUCUUCAUCACUUUUGGCUGCCACUUUUAUGACUUCUUCAACCAGGCGGAGUGGGAGCGCAGCUUUCGGGAAUACGUCCUGUGCGAGGCCAACGUCACCAUCGCCACGCAGACCAACAAGCCCAUCCCAGACUGCGAGAUCAAGAACCGCCCGAGUCUCUUGGUGGAGAAGAUCAACCUCUUCGCCAUGUUCGGCACCGGCGUCUCCAUGAGCACCUGGGUCUGGACCAAGGCCACCCUGCUCAUCUGGAAGCGUACUUGGUGCAGGCUGACAGGACAGAGUGAUGACCAGCCUAAGAGGAUCAAGAAGAGCAAGAUGAUCGCCAAGGCCUUCUCCAAGCGCAAGGAGCUGCUGCGCGACCCGGGCCAGGAGUUGUCCUUCAGCAUGCACACUGUCUCGCACGACGGGCCCGUGGCCGGUUUAGCGUUUGACAUCAACGAGCCCUCGGCCGAUGUGUCCUCGGCGUGGGCCCAACACGUCACCAAGAUGGUGGCCAGGAGAGGGGCUAUCCUGCCCCAGGACAUCUCCGUCACACCUGUGGCAACACCUGUGCCGCCGGAGGAGAGGGCCAACCUCUGGCUGGUGGAAGCCGACGUCUCCCCCGAGCUGCAAAAACGCAAUAGCCGCAAGAAAAAGCGAAGGAAGAAGAAGAAGGAGGUGUGCCCGAGUCCUGAGCGCUGCCAGGGGGGCUCCGCGGCCCCCCUGGCCCCCAGCGCCGUCUCUCGCCUGCCCCGGCUGCCCUCCCAGCCCUACCUGGUCGCCUUCACCCCCGAUGUCCUCCCGGGGCUCCCUCCCGGGCAGCCCGACACCACCUUCACUGGGGGGCUCUGGGACGGCCGCCGCAGAGCCAACGUCUUCCACCUCGUCACCAACCCCUUCUGCCCCGAGAGUGGCUCCCCGGAGGAGGAGGAGGAGAGCCCCGGCCCCAGCACCGGGCGACGGCAGCACAACGGGGGUCCGCAUUGGCCCCCCGACCUCGGUCCCUUGCCCCACGGCAGCGGAGGGGCCAGGACUCAAAGCCGACGGGCUGGCUUAGCCCCCAUCCACUCCCGGACCAACUUGGUGGACGCGGAGCUGCUGGACGCCGAUUCGGACUUUUAAACUCAGUGGGACGAGGACACUUCGGGGGGUGAGGACACCUCGGGGGACGAGGACGCCUCCCCCACCACGGGCAACCUGCGUGGGGACACCGAAGCCCAUCCCAUCGUGCGGGGCCACCGCCGAUUUCUCCCCUCGGGGGACGGCGUUUGCCCCCCUACGUCACCCAGACAGACUCGAUGCAAGACGCCGGCGGGAUUUUGGGGUGUCCCCCACCACCCCAUCAGCGCAGUGAGAAGAGAAACGGGGUGUCGCUGGGAUAAACCCCCCCCGGUCCCACAGAGGUUUAAGGGGGGACACCCCGCCUUGGCCCCCGAGGGCUGCGGGUGGCCCUGCCGCCACGGCGGGCGAGCGGAGGUCAGGGUACACUUUGGUGAGCUUAGCCCUGCGCCCCGGGGUGCUGGGACCCGGCGACGCCCCCUCUGCCCCCCACCCACGCGGCGAGAUGGUACGUAGAGCUUACUUGUGCCAAUAGGGCUGAUGAUUUUUUUAAAGAAUUUUAUAUUUUUUAAUCUUUGUAUAAUACACUGAGACGUGACAGCCGGGCACGGCCUCCGCAGACGUGAGCAGGAUGAGCUGUCCCCCCCCCCACCAUCACAGGGCAGCAGCAGCAUCCCUGGGUUGCACCCGUUUAUUUUUUUUGUGGGGUGCACCCCUAUUUUUCAGGGGUCCCAAAGUGCCUUCCAGCUCCCCAGAGAGCUGAACCAGACCCAAAAUGGUGGGGCGGUAGUCCCUGGCCACGUUGGGGUGCACGGCCAUGAUGCGAAUGGAAAAAAAAAAAAAAAAUUAAAACCCCAAUCUGGGGUCGCCUUUGCUGCCUGGGUGCACCAACGCCCUGAGCAGACUUUUUUAUUUUAAGAAAAAAACGCCAAGUUAGAGCGAACCCGGCUGAGCCUUGAGGUAGGACUCCAGUCCCUGCUGGUGUUUUGUAUCUGUCCGUUACCCCUGUACAUGUUUUUAUUAAAUCCCGGUAGGCUCCUGGCUUUCUUGCUAUCCCGGUGACCUCCACGGGUUAAUUUUUGCUGUGUAAAGCAAAACCCUCCUGUAUCAGUAUUAAAUUUGCCAAGUUUCCAUUGCCAGCGGCUGCCCUGGACUCUUUGGGGAGGUAUCAAGUGAGGGGAAAACAUCGUGGGGUUUGGUCCUUUCUCCUAAAAGGGUUCCAAUUUCUUUUAAAAUGGCUUUUAAACUGCUUUAAAACAGCUUUUAACUGCUUUAAAAGUGCUUUAAAAAUGGCUUUAAACUGCUUAAAACCAGAUUUAAA